AAGCCUCUCUUCUAUUACCUGCAGACCAUGGCAGGACGGUCCUUUCAACACCUUCUUAGCUUUCUUAUGCUUUUGCUGCUAUGUGCCGAACCUGGCUUGGGGAAUGUUACUGGGUGCAUAGAGAGGGAGAGACAAGCUCUCCUUCACUUCAAACGUCGCCUUGUCGAUGACUAUGGCCUUCUUUCUUCUUGGGGAGAUGAACAUGACAACAGAAAUUGUUGCAACUGGAGAGGAGUCCAGUGUAGUAACCAGUCAGGUCACGUCAUCAUGCUUCAUCUUCAAGCCCCUCCUUCUGAAUAUGCUUAUGUGUACCAGUCUCUAAGAGGUGAGAUAAGUCCUUCGCUGCUUGAAUUGGAGCACUUAACUCAUUUGGAUCUCAGCUGUAAUGAUUUUGAAGGGAGGCAUAUACCUCCAUUCCUUGGUUCCCUCAGCAGAAUGCAGUACCUCAAUCUCUCUCAUGCAUAUUUCGCUCAUACUGUUCCCACUCAACUGGGAAAUCUUUCCAACUUGCUUUCCCUUGAUCUCAACGAUAAUUAUUUGAAUUUUGGGAACCUUGAGUGGCUUUCUCGUCUUUCUUCUUUACGACACCUUGACCUGAGUUUUGUCGACCUUAGUGAAGCCAUCCACUGGUCACAAGCAAUUAAUAAACUCCCUUCUCUCAUUCACUUGGAUUUACAAAGUUGUGGUCUCCCUCCCAUCCCUCCACUCACCAUUCCAUCUCUUUCCCAUGCGAAUUCCUCUGUCCCUCUUGUUUUCCUUGAUCUCUCUGGGAAUUAUCUCACUUCUUCAAUAUACCCAUGGCUGCUCAACUUUAAUACCACCCUCCUUCAUCUUGAUCUCUGUUUCAAUGAUUUAAAUGGUUCGAUUCUGGAAUAUGCUUUUGGGAACAUGAGUUCCCUUGAAUAUCUUGAUCUCUCUCGCAAUCAAAUGUGGGGCUCAAUUCCAGAUACAGUUGGGAAGAUGGUUUUACUUUCACAUCUUGAUCUCUCUGACAAUCAACUGUGGGGCUCAAUUCCAGAUACAGUUGGGAAGAUGGUUUUACUUUCACAUCUUGAUCUCUCUUACAAUCAACUGCAGAGCUCAAUUCCAGAUACAGUUGGGAAAAUGGUUUUAAUUUCACAUCUUGAUCUCUCUGACAAUCAACUGCGGGGCUCAAUUCCAGAUACAGUUGGGAAUAUGGUUUUACUUUCACAUCUUGAUCUCUCUCGCAAUCAACUGCAGGGCUCAAUUCCAAAUACAGUUGGGAGGAUGGUUUUAAUUUCACAUCUUGAUCUCACACGCAAUCAAUUGCGGGGCUUAAUUCCAGAUACAGUCGGGAACAUGGUUUCUCUUGAAAAACUCUUUCUCUCAGAGAAUCGUCUUCAAGGUGAGAUUCCAAAAUCCUUGAGUAAUUUAUGUAACUUACAAGCAUUAGAGUUGGAUAGAAACAAUCUCUCUGGACAACUUGCACCAGACUUUGUGGCCUGUGCAAAUGACACAUUAGAGACUCUGUCUUUAUCGGAUAACCAAUUCAGUGGAUCAAUUCCUACUCUCAUUGGAUUUUCAUCCUUGAGAAAUUGCUGUAUUUAG